UGAUGCUCUUCACCUUUCACAGAAUGCAACGAAUACUUCAAGAAAUCACUCUUCCUGGUCGGAGAAAUAGGUGGAAAUGACUACAAUUUCCCCCUUGUUGCGGGUAAGAGUUUAGCGGAGGUAACUUCCUUUGUGCCCAAAGUGGUGCAGACAAUUGCGGAAGCUAUUGAGAGGUUGACGGAAAGAGGGGCUGUGAACCUGUUGGUGCCAGGGAACUUGCCGAUAGGGUGUUUGCCGUUUUAUCUUACGCUGUUUGCCACGAUGGAGAAGGAGGAUUAUGAUGAUCGGAAUUGGUGUUUGAUAAAGCUAAACAACCUUGCAAGGUAUCACAAUGAGCUUCUGAAAUCGUCCAUUAAGCAGCUGAGGAGAAAGCACCCGAAAGCAAGAAUCAUAUACGCGGAUUACUACGGCGCGCUUUUGCAAUUUGUACAUUCACCACGCCAUUUUGGUGAGCAAUCUUAUU